UUUAAAAUGGCUUCUCCGCCGACUGAAACUUUAAGACAAAGACAUUUAACCAAUAACUCUUUAGCAGAAGAAGGGAAAUUCUUGCUCUAUCACAAUGUCAAGUACCUGCUAAAGGAGAGAGACAACAUUGAAGUGGAUGUCAGCACAAACAAACAGGUGGAGACCCUCAUUCACAACAAGGGAAACUUCCAGCCUGAAUAUUUGCGAGAGUUUGCCAGGGCUAAUAAGCUGAUAGCUGAGGAGCUGGAGAGUGAUAGGAGAACACAAGAACUUAUCAAUAAAGUGCCAGAAGGAGCAGAGGAAGAAACCAUCACCAAAGUGGCUAAUGCCUUUAUCAACCUGGGAAACAUUACAUGGUCCAAGAUACUGGCUCUCUUUUACUUUGGCUACAAGCUUUGUCGAAAGUCCCUGACUCGCAUGUACCAGUACAUCAAGAUCUUUGGCAAUGUGCUGGCCAGCAAAAUUGUGGAUUGGAUUAAAACAAUGGGAGGAUGGCUUUCGUUUACAGUAAAACGGAAAGGAUUUCUAGGCAUCGAAUCAUUUUCUAGGCUUUCUCUACCUCUAGGGGUUGCCAUAGUGGGCGGAGCCUUAGUGGGAGGAGUUUUAGUUUAUAAAAGAUAUUCAUCUUAACUUUACUACCACUUAACCUGACCCUAACCUUUAACCUAAUCAAAAACCUUAACCUUACCAUAAACCUUAACUUUUACCUCACGUUUAACCUUUUCCAACCUUAAACGUGACUCUAGGUCUCAACCUGACCUUAACCCUUAACCUGACCUUAACCCUUAACCUGACUUUUACCUUUAAUUCUUUGUCUAGUGCUAGAGCCUUGUUGUGGCCUGGCAGCUAUACCAGCGGGAGUGUAAACUC